GUCAAACGUUUCGCUACCAUUCCCUAAAGUGCUGCUGCCGCUUGCUUCUUGGGGCCCUCUGAGCGGUGAUAAACAGUGAAGGAGGAGGUUCUGGACAAGGUUAUCAUAGUCGAAAGCCAGUCCAGCAACCUCCUUCAAUGGCCCAACAACGUCCACUAUCUCACCCGAAGAAUGGGCAAUCGUCUUCGAAUCGAGCAGCUGGAGUGACCAAUGGUACGCAGAUGAGGCCUGAGAUUGGUCCAAGUCAUGUCGGACCUCGCGGGGUGGACGACCCGACUAGACCCAUACGGUAUGGUGGUCAACCCUCCAGUACUGGCCCAGAUCGACCUCUCACACUCGAAGCUGCUUUUCCAUGGCUCAUGUCUCAGCUUGCCAAAUCUCCGACGGCCGUCAAUGCUCCUCUCACUUCGCCAGCUGUACCCACUCUUGGUCAUGUUCCCACCAUGUCACCGCCUCUCGAUAGAACCUCGGCACUACCGACAACAUACGAGGAUGAGCUCGCGUUUCUCUUAUCUGAACGCCCGGAUCAUCCAGCCCAACGUGCUUCAGAUCCCAUGGGUGGUGUCUCACAUGGUCCUCCAAUAUCCUCACCGUCCAUAUCCUUUCCGUUGAAUCUAGCAUCGCCGAACCCUUUCGAGAUCAAUCUUCCUUCCACAUCUACAGCGCACGAUAACAGCAACAACAACGCUCCUGGAGCUGUAGGCGUAUCGCCUGUGAACGCCUCACCUGGCUGGAAUAUGUGGGAUCUGGACCUAGCCAACGGUCAAAUACCAAUCGAUCAGGCUACUCCGGAUAUCUUUCCGCAUAAUUACAUAGCGGAACCAAGCUCAAGCACAAGCAUGCGUUGGCCCGUACCAUUGGCGGAUAUCCCUCAGUUCGAGGACCGAAGAAAUGUCACGGGUCUUUCAUCACUUGAGCAGCGGCCAAGUUUAGGUGGACAAGGUAGAUCAGAAAGCUUGGGCAUAGCGAUCGACAGGCAGACUGAGGAUGAACCCGUUAGAAAGAGAGGCAGGAAUUCUUUCAGGAGAGACUCAGAUGCGGGCACCGGGAGUGGGAUCAGGAACGACCGAGUCACACAGAGUCUCGGUGGAGGCGAAACGUCCCCGAAAAGGAGAUCAAAGUCAAAAGUAGAACCGAGGGAGAUCAUGGAGAUUCGGUCAAGAAGGUUUCGUGAUAGGGCUCCGAAAGUCAUAAAGGAGAGAGUCCACAAAGUCCUCGCUCAACGGAUGUACCUUCUCGACCGGGUCGUUUUCAAGGAUGCUGAAGAAGCUCAAGAGUUCACAGUAAUGGGUUCGAAGGGAGACAAAUCGGUCGUCGCGAUAGACCAUGAACCUCGAUGCGAUUGUCCAGAUUGGCAAAAGGGCAACGCUCCAUGCGAGCAUCUCAUUUACGUCUUUCUAAAGAUCUUGAAGAUACCUGAGCAGUCGUAUCUCUGGUUUCAGAAGGGUCUGCUCAGUCAUGAACUACGAGAUAUUUUUGAAAACACUCGGAAUCCUACUGAACUUCCGCCGACACUACUGGCAUCCAUGUCGCAGCACUUAUCCACUCAGACUGCUUCGGGCGAAGUCGAUCGCGAGAUGGAUGGACCUCUCGCACCCUUAGUCGGGACGGACUGCCAAAUAUGCUAUGACGCCUUUACCGCCGAGGACAUUCGUGCAGAUCGACUAGCGUAUGAUGAGGGUAUACAGCAAAUGGUCCACAAAGUGUGCUUUGACCGGAAGAAUACUGCCAAGGUCACAGGAGAGUAGCACAGAACUUUCGUCACGGAGUUGCUCUGAAUGCUUGAUCAGCUUGAUGUCUAUAGAACAAGCUUGUAAAUCGUCUGUCUACCUCAGUCGCUGUAACUUGAAAAUGUUGGAAUAUAUCCAAAGUCCUCCA